CAGGGCGUGGCCUGGGCGUGGCAGCGCGCGGGUCGAGAAGAUGGCGCUCUGUCUGCUGCGGAGGGCGGCUCUCGGAGUGGCAGUGGCGCGGCCGAGGCUGAGCACCUCCCUAGCAGCCGAUGUCCCCAGGCUUCGCUAUAGUUCCUUGUCCAGUCACAAGUAUAUUCCUCGGAGGGCAGUGCUAUAUGUACCUGGGAACGACGAAAAGAAAAUAAAGAAGAUUCCUUCUCUGAAUGUAGACUGCGUGGUGCUCGACUGUGAGGAUGGUGUAGCGAUGAACAAAAAGAAUGAAGCUCGAUUGAAAAUAGUAAAAACUCUUGAAGACUUUGAUCUGGGCCCAGCUGAAAAGUGUGUGCGAGUCAGCUCGGUGUCCAGCGGCCUGGCCGAGGAAGACCUGGCAGCUGUUCUGCAGUCCCGGGUGCUCCCUUCCAGCCUGAUGCUCCCCAAGGUGGAAAGUCCUGAAGAAAUCCAGUGGUUUGCGGGCAAAUUUUCAUUCCACUUAAAAGGCCGAAAACUCGAACAACCAAUGAAUUUAAUCCCUUUUGUGGAAACCGCAAUGGGUUUGCUCAAUUUUAAGGCAGUGUGUGAAGAAGCCCUUAAGAUUGGGCCUCAAGUGGGUCUUUUCCUAGAUGCAGUCGUUUUUGGAGGAGAAGAUUUUCGAGCCAGCAUAGGCGCAACAAGUAGUAAAGACACCCAGGACAUUGUCUACGCCCGACAAAAGAUUGUCAUCGUGGCCAAGGCCUUUGGCCUACAAGCCAUAGAUCUGGUGUACAUUGACUUCCGGGACGAAGAUGGGCUGCGUAGACAGUCGAGAGAAGCCGCCGCCAUGGGCUUCACUGGUAAGCAGGUAAUCCACCCGAACCAAAUAGCCGUGGUCCAGGAGCUGUUCACCCCUGCCCCCGACAAAAUCCAGUGGGCGGAAGAACUGAUUGCUGCCUUUAAAGAGCAUCAGCAAUUAGGAAAGGGAGCCUUUACUUUCCAAGGGAGUAUGAUCGACAUGCCGUUACUGAAGCAGGCCCAGAACAUUGUUACGCUUGCCACAGCCAUCAAGGAGAAGUGAUCUGUUAAAUGAGGCUCAUCAGCACGUACUCUUAUAUUGAAGGCUAAAGGGUAUUGAAGCUGAGGAGGAUCAGCUCCUGCAUGCCAGAAGACGCCAAUGAAGUUUGAAACACCAACAAUCAGAGAUUUUGUUUCUGUUCCUCAUUAAAUCAUGAGCUUUUGUGUUGAGACUCUGGACGACUGUUCUUUAAGAAAUUAACAGAAUGGGAAGUUUUAAACUCUACAUCAACCUUUUCACGACCUACACAGCAGCGACACUGCUACUCUUAGACAAACACCGCAGGGAAGGCUGUUCUGUUUAUUUAAAUUUGUAAAUAGAAAA